UUCAACGCUAGCAGACAAAAUAAAUAAAGACACUAAAGAACUGUUUAUAAGUAUUCUUUAUACUACCAUAAUACAUAUAGAACUGUCAAUUCAGUUUGGCCUGUUUGAGGAAGUAUUCUAAAUUUACAUUUAAACAUUUGGCCACAUUCUGAAAAGCAUUAACCAAUCAGAAUUGAUAAACAAAAUUUUUUCCACAACUAUAAAGGUUAAGUCUGUUCAAACCUACAAAUCCGUUUUCUAUACGUUCUUUUUCCCCAUGUUGUUGACAAAUUGGUAUCAAAAGAGCUUUUGAUAAAUGUUUGAAUUUCACAAAAACCCGUCAGUUUAAUAAUAAAUUACAAAUAGUGCAUGGGACAAAGCUUUUAAAUAAAGCUCGAAUAAAGACACAGAACAACCUAUAAAAAGGCACAGUCGUUAACUUGUUUCCACGAUUAGUAUAUCCUGCAUUUUUAAAUCACCACAAUGACAGAAAAUAAUAACAACGAUCAAUUCAACGCUGAUGAAUUGGAGGCCCCCGAAUGGCUUAACUCACAAUUCAUCACAGAGGUUCUAAGCAAAUACCAGAAUGAGACGCAACUGGAAGUACUCGAUCUUCGAAUUUCACCUGCCAGUGCCAAGGGAGAUCAUUAUGCAAGUGUGAUGUUCCGUGCUUCAGUAGAAUACAAGACGGGAAAGGGUAAAUUCUCCAAAUCUCUAAUUGUGAAGACAAUGCCCGAGCAGGAAGGUGCCAAAAAGGAUUUGUUGGGUGAUUCACACAUAUUCAAAACUGAAAUCGGCAUGUAUACUGAAGUGUUGCCCAAAUUUGAGAAAAUACUUCAAGAAGUGGGUGAUAAGACGAAACUUUAUGUGCCCUGUAUCUAUCAUAGUUUGGAGCCGCGGCAGGUUUUAAUAUUUGAUGACUUGGUUCCACUGGGUUACACUAUUAUAAGAGAUCGUGAACCAACAAUUGAGGAGCUACAUUCUACCUUCUCAAAACUGGCCAAAUGGCAUGCCGUUAGCAUGAAAAUCCAGAACGAGGAGCCAGAGUAUUUAAAAGAAUACAAACAUGGCUUAGUCGAAAUGCCCAACUUUUUGGAACAUCCAAUGCUUACCACGGGAUUUGAUAACUUUGUGCAAUUCCUCAAGAAGCAUCCCAAUUUGGCCAAAUACACAUCGCCUUUUGAGAAGAUAAAAGCGGUUUAUCUGGAAAAACUUGCCGAUUAUACGUCCGAGUAUAGAAGGAAUCGUCGUGAUGAUGGCUAUUAUGUGCUUUGUCAUGGAGAUUACCAUCUCAAGAAUAUGAUGUUCAAGCACAACAAAGAAACAGAAGAGCUUGAGGAUUGCAUGCUUGUGGAUUUUCAAAUUUGUAAUCUAUGUCCCAUUGGUGUGGAUCUCAUAUACUCCACCUACAUGAUGCUAAGUCCUGAAGAUCGAUUAAACAAUUGGGAAAGCAUAUUAAACUAUUACUUCUCAGUUUUGUUAGAAACCCUCAAGAAAAUAGAUUAUAAAGGUGAAUUUCCUACAUUAAAUGGAUUUUGGAAGCAAGUUCAUCUGGGUAGAUAUUACAAUUUGUUCUUGCUUGUUACACUAUUGCCCAUGAUGUAUGCCAUUAAAUCAAAGAGCCUUGACUUAAUUGAGGUUAUUGAAAGUAACGAGGCUCGUUUGAAAUGUUACCAAAUUCAAGAAUAUGUUGACGAAUUAAGCAAAUUAUUACCCCGCUAUGAGAGUCUAGGCUACUUUGACAACCUGUAAAGUUACAACAUUAAUAGUUGUUAAGAUUAAAAGUUAUGUUUGUCGUUUUUCCUAAUAUGCUUAAGUCAGACAACUAGACAAUAAAUAAGUUAAUUUUUUACAUACAUACAAAA